AUGAUACUUGGAAAUCCAGCCACAACACUUCCUUCGCCACACGAGCAGUCGCGCAGCGGUCUCCGUGUGCCGCUGAGAAAAGUGAAGGUGCCCGCGCUGGGCGGGGAGGGUGCGCGGUUCGCCCCGGCCGCGGGCGAGGGGCGUGCGUGGUGGGACCUCCCGUUAGUGCUUCCCCAGAACAGUUCCGUGGGCUGGGGAACAGGGAGAGAGAACCGUGGGGCAAGGCAGGCUGCAGGACUAGGGCUCUGUGGGGGCGAGGUGGAGGUGUCAAGGAUGGGCUGGAUUGUAGUGGGUUUUUUGUGCUUUGUAAUUGAGUACCUGAAGUCCUCAUGUUCCACUCCUGUGUCUCAUUGUGUUUUGUUCUGCAGUAUAUAUAGUAGUGAUGAUGAUGAUGAAGAUGUUGAGAUGUAUGAUCACGAUUAUGAUGGGCUGCUUCCUAAAACUGGAAAACGUCACUUAGGAAAAACCAGGUGGACCCGUGAGGAGGAUGAGAAACUGAAGAAGCUUGUGGAGCAGAAUGGCACAGAAGACUGGAAAGUCAUUGCCAAUUUCCUUCCUAAUCGGACAGAUGUUCAAUGCCAGCACCGAUGGCAGAAGGUACUAAACCCAGAACUUAUUAAAGGUCCGUGGACUAAAGAGGAGGAUCAAAGGGUAAUAGAACUCGUGCAGAAAUACGGUCCAAAGCGCUGGUCUGUCAUUGCUAAGCAUUUGAAGGGAAGGAUUGGAAAACAGUGCAGGGAGAGGUGGCACAACCAUUUGAAUCCAGAAGUGAAGAAAACCUCCUGGACAGAAGAGGAAGAUAGAAUUAUUUACCAGGCACACAAGAGACUGGGAAACAGAUGGGCAGAAAUUGCAAAGUUGCUGCCUGGACGAACUGAUAAUGCUAUCAAGAACCACUGGAAUUCCACCAUGCGUCGAAAGGUUGAGCAGGAGGGCUACCUGCAGGAGUCCUCCAAAGCCUGUCACUCCUCAGCAGCCACCAGCUUUCAGAAGAGCAACCACUUGAUGGCCUUUGGCCACAACCCACCUUCUGCACAGCUGCCAGUAGCCGGCCAGCCCCAGCUGAGCAGUGACUACCCCUACUACCACAUCUCUGAGCCACAAAACGUCUCUGGUCAGAUCCCAUAUCCAGUAGCACUGCAUGUAAAUAUUGUCAAUGUUCCUCAGCCAGCUGCUGCAGCUAUUCAGAGACACUAUAAUGAUGAAGACCCUGAGAAAGAAAAACGAAUAAAGGAAUUAGAGUUGCUACUAAUGUCGACUGAGAAUGAACUGAAAGGGCAGCAGGCAUUACCAACCCAGAACCACACAUCAAACUACCCCGGCUGGCACAGCACCACAGUUGGUGACAGCACCAGGACCAGUGGUGACAAUGCACCUGUUUCCUGUUUGGGGGAACAUCACCACUGUACUCCAUCUCCACCGGUGGAUCACGGUUGCUUACCUGAGGAAAGUGCAUCCCCUGCACGGUGCAUGAUAGUUCACCAGAGCAACAUCCUGGAUAAUGUUAAGAAUCUCUUAGAGUUUGCAGAAACACUCCAGUUAAUAGAUUCCUUCUUAAACACCUCAUCCAGUCACGAAAACCUGAACCUGGACAACCCUGCACUAACUUCCACACCAGUGUGUGGCCACAAAAUGGGUGUUACCACGCCGUUACAAAGGGACCAGACUUUUAAAGCUCAGAAGGAAAAUUAUGUUUUCAGGACUCCAGCAAUCAAGAGGUCGAUAUUAGAGAGCUCUCCAAGAACACCCACUCCAUUCAAAAAUGCACUUGCAGCUCAGGAAAUCAAAUAUGGUCCUUUGAAGAUGCUGCCUCAAACUCCGACUCAUCUUGUAGAAGAUCUGCAGGACGUUAUCAAGCAGGAGUCAGAGGAAUCUGCAAUAGUGGCUGGGCUACAUGAAAGUGGACCCCCUUUGCUGAAGAAAAUCAAACAAGAGGUGGAGUCUCCAACAGAUAAAGCUGGAAAUUUUUUUUGCUCGAAUCACUGGGAAGCAGAAAACCUAAACACUCAGCUCUUUACACAUGCUUCUACUAUGGAAGAUGUGCCAAAUCUUCUUACCAGCUCCAUUUUAAAGAUGCCUGUGCCUGAAGAGGAUAGUAGUUUUCACAAAACCUUUGCUGUACCGAAGAACAGACAACUAACUAGUCCUCUGCAGCAUCUGAAUAAUUCCUGGGAGUCAACGUCCUGUGGGAAGAUUGAGGAUCAGAUGGCCCUGACGGAUCAGGCACGCAAAUACAUGGCCACCUUCCCCACCCGGACGCUGGUGAUGUGAAAGGGUCGACGGACAGAGAAGCAUUAUGGUUUUGAGAACACUUCACCUCCACUGGGAAAUUCCUGUUCCUCUGCAUGAGAACUUUUCAUGAAUGGGAGAAGAGCCUAUCUUUGUUGU